CGCAACCAGACCGUCAUUAUGCCUCGUCGCGCUGCUUCUCCGACAGCGUCGGAGAAUGAAUUCGAUAUUACCGGCGCGCUUUUCCAGCAUGACAGUGAUUCCGACAGCGGUGUCAAGGCACCCAGGAAGGUAGCGAGAGCUCCUCUUCCGUCGCAGACGCUGGAUUUCCUCAGCGCUGCAAACGACAUAGCGGACCCCGACGAUGAUGAAGCUUUUAUUGCUGAGAAGCAGGCGUCGGCAAACCGAAAGGGAGCCAAUCUCAAGGGAAGAACGGUCAAGAAGGGUGGUGGAUUCCAGGCGAUGGGCUUGAACGCGCACCUCCUCAAAGCGAUCACCCGGAAAGGAUUCUCGGUCCCGACGCCCAUUCAGCGCAAGACGAUCCCCGUGAUUAUGGAUGACCAGGAUGUGGUUGGCAUGGCGCGGACGGGAUCCGGAAAGACGGCUGCCUUUGUGAUCCCCAUGAUCCAGAAGCUGAGGAGCCACAGCAGCACUGUCGGUGCGCGCGGUCUGAUCAUGUCGCCAUCGCGAGAACUAGCGCUACAGACGCUCAAAGUCGUCAAGGAGUUGGGUAAAGGCACGGACUUGAAGUCCGUUCUCCUGGUUGGUGGUGACAGUCUCGAGGAACAGUUCGGCAUGAUGGCCAGCAACCCGGACAUUGUCAUCGCUACGCCCGGUCGAUUCCUGCACUUGAAGGUGGAGAUGGGUCUGGAUUUGUCCAGCAUUCGCUAUGUCGUGUUCGACGAGGCUGAUCGACUUUUCGAAAUGGGUUUCGCCGAGCAGCUGACGGAGAUUUUGCACGGCCUUCCGUCCCAUCGACAGACUCUGCUGUUCUCCGCUACGCUGCCGAAAUCGCUCGUCGAAUUCGCCCGCGCUGGUUUACAAGAUCCGACACUCAUUCGACUGGACACCGAGAGCAAGAUCUCGCCCGACCUCGAGAACGCCUUCUUCGCCGUCAAAUCGGCCGACAAAGAAGGAGCGCUUCUGUAUAUUCUCCACGAAGUGAUCAAAAUGCCCACGGGCCCCACCGAGGCCGCGGAGAGGAAGAAGGAGAUGUACAACGAGCCCAGGAACUUCAAAAAGCGCAAGAGGAAUGAGAUGGACAAGUCCGUGAAUACGAAGGAGUCGCCGACCAAAUUCUCGACGAUCGUUUUCUGCGCUACGAAACAUCAUGUCGACUAUCUGUACGCCCUACUCUGCGAAGCCGGGUUCGCAACAUCCUACGCCUACGGCUCUCUGGAUCAGACGGCGCGCAAGUUCCAAGUCCAGAAUUUCCGAAUGGGCAUCUCGAAUAUCUUGGUGGUCACGGACGUCGCAGCCCGCGGUAUCGAUAUUCCCAUUCUCGCCAACGUCAUCAACUACGAUUUCCCGUCGCAGCCCAAAAUUUUCAUCCAUCGUGUCGGUCGAACGGCGCGAGCGGGCCAGAAGGGCUGGAGUUACAGUCUGAUCCGGGACGCCGACGCACCGUAUCUCCUAGAUCUACAGCUGUUCCUCGGACGCAGGCUGGUCCUCGGCCGCGAGCACGGCAACAACGUCAACUUUGCCGAAGACGUCGUCGUUGGCGGCAUGCCAAGAGACUCGCUGGCUCAGAACUGCGAGUGGGUGACCAAGGUUCUAGACGAAGACGGCGACAUUGCGCUACAGCGCACGGUCGCCACAAAAGGUGAGAAGCUGUACAUGCGCACGCGCAACGCGGCCUCGCUGGAAAGUGCGAAGCGCGCCAAGCAGAUCGUGUCCUCGGACGACUUUACGAGCGUGCAUCCCCUCUUCAACGACGAGUCGAGCCACAUGGAGGUAGAGCGGGAGAAGAUGCUCGCCGUGAUCGGCGGCUUCCGGCCGCAGGAGACAGUCUUCGAGGUGAACAACCGACGCAGCGGCAAGAAUGCCAGCGACGAGGCCACCGAUACGAUCAAGCGUGUGCGCAACACGCUCGACGCGAAGAAGCAAAAAGCCCAGGCGAAGAACAACAAGCCCUCGGAGUUCCUCGAGGACGGCAGCCACGUGGGUACGGGCACCGGCAAAGAUGACGCGGCCGGCGAGCUCUCGGACGAAAAGGAUGACGACGACGCGGCCGGCGAUGCAGCCGACGACAUGUCGCUUGCCUCGGAGACCGACCUGGAGGUCACGUUCGGGUCCUACAACCAGAACAAGAAAUCCAAGCAAGACUCGGCGGCUGCCUUCCAGAACCCGGAGUAUUUCAUGUCGUACAAGCCCAGCAACAACGACCUGGCGGAGGACAAGGGCUACGGUGUACACUCGGGCGCGAACGUUAACUUCACACAGGCGUCGCGCGGCGCGACGAUGGAUCUGCAGGGCGACGAAGGCGGGCGCGGAUUCGCCGAGCCGCGCACGAUGAAGCGCUGGGACAAGCGACACAAGAAGUACGUGUCGCGGGAGAACGACGAGGACGGAUCCAAGGGCGCACGACUGGUGCGCGGCGAGAGCGGCGUGAAGAUCGCGGCCAGUUUCCGCAGCGGGCGGUUUGACCGGUGGAGGCACGGGAAGCGCAUCGGCCGUCUGCCUCGCGUCGGUGAGGCGGAGGCGCCGGGGCUUGCGGCGAACUUCAACAACAACUCGAUGGGCGGACGGCGGUUCCGGCACCAGAAGGAUCAGGCGCCCAAGAAGGCGGAUCCGCUGCGCGAGGACUUCCACAAGAUGAAGAAGAGGGGCGAGGCGGCCAAGGAGCGACAGCUGGGCAAGGCUGGCGGUGCGGCUGCGGGUGGGAAGAGCGAACUGAAGGGGACCGAUGAUAUUCGAUUAGCGCGGAAGAUGCAGCAGCAGCGGAGGGAUAAAAAUGCCCGGCCCUCGAGAAAGAGGUGAUUGAAGCAAACAGUUG